GGCAGCAGGUUGUUAGUAGUUGCAUUCAUUUUACAUCAGAAUAAAGGGUUAAAUGAAGGUAAGCAAGACAGACUCCAAAGGUCUUUGCUUCUUAUUAUGCACCUCAGUCUCAAGAUGAAGCCCCUGCUGGUUGUAGUUGUGCUGGUAGGAGCCUUGGUGGAGGUUUCUCAGACUGUCCCUGCCCGGUACCAUAGAGGUUGGCUGAGAUUAUUAAGAGAAGGCGAUGGCUGUGGAACAUGCCAUUCGGAACACUGUUCUGUGCCCACAAACUGUCGAGCUGGGACUGUAUUAGACCUGUGUGGCUGCUGUCCCGAAUGCGGGAACGUAGAAGGACAAAUCUGUGACUUGGACCAAGGCAGCAAUUUCUAUGGGCACUGUGGAGACAACCUGGAGUGCCAACUGAAUGUUGAUGACAUAAAAUCUGGAGAAAUCCCUGAGCCACAGUGUGUGUGCAAAUCACAGGAGACUGUGUGCGGGCCUGAGGGGAAGACCUAUGAGAACAUCUGCCGGUUCAAGGAGGCUUCUGCAGAGAAUGGAGGAAACAGCAGCAUAAAGCACAAAGGACCGUGCAAAUCAGCUCCUGUUAUUUCUUUGCCACCUCAAGACACCCAGAAUUUCACAGGAAAUGAUGUCAUUUUUGGCUGUGAAGUAUCUGCUUAUCCCAUGCCACACCUUGAAUGGAAGAAAAAAGGAAAUAAAAUGUUUCUGCCAGGAGAUGAUGCUCAUAUUUCAAUACAGGCACGAGGUGGGCCUCAGAGAUACAGUGUGACUGGAUGGUUACAGAUUGAAGGAAUCAGGAAAACAGAUGAAGGUGUCUAUGUGUGUGAAACAAAAAACAAAUAUGGGUUUGCCUAUUCGUCUGCUAACCUGAAAGUUAUUGAUGACUCAUCAUCACUGCAGAAUAUCCCUGGCAGCUGGACAACAAGGGACAGUACAGAUUAUGGAGACUCUUUUGACUCUGCUGAAGAAGACGACGAUGACGAAGAAGCACAACAUGCAUCUUCUGGAAACUAUGAUAAAUGAAAGAAGGGCAGAUUGUGUCAGGGACAGUCUGUGUCCAACCCUUUCCCUUCCAUCAUUUUUUACUUAUUUGAUCUUCACAGUUCUACAACCUCACAUUGUAUUACAGUCUAAAAAAGACCAGCUGUAUGUAACAAAAAUGCCUAGACUGUUCUACUGGGAAGCAAUUAAACUCACCGAGUGAUCCAGGGCUAGUCACCCUCUCUCAAUCUGAUCUAUUUUAUAGGGGUGUUGUAAGGAUAAAAGUGGAGAGGUGGACCACUAUAUAAAUAUAACAAAUAAAUUUAAAAUAAAGCUAUUCAAUUUCAAUAAUGUUAGAAUAAUAAUACUGCUCCAUAUUGAUUAUGUUUAAUAUAUUGAACACUCAUUAUA